CCCAACGCAAUUAAACAGUAGAAACAGCAAGGGGGCGACCGGAUUUCCCUGAACACAACGCAAAGAAAAUAUGGCUAGAAUCAGCAUGGCACAAGCUGUUACAGCUCUGGUUUUAUCAGCAGCGACGCUGUUGCAUGUCACAUAUGCCGUCAAUUAUACUGUUGGUGACACUACUGGCUGGACUCGUCCAUCUGAUUCCACCUUUUACACCACCUGGGCUGCUAAUAAAACCUUCAGAAUCGGUGACUUUCUAGUCUUCAACUUCGCUACAGGAUCACACGCCGUCGCCAUAGUCACACUGGAUGCUUAUAACAGCUGCAACGUCUCAAAUACCAUCCAAGUUUUACAAACUGGACCAGUGACUUUGAGCCUCAAUACCACUGGUGAACACUACUACAUGUGUACCUUUCCUGGUCACUGCAACGGUGGCCAAAAGCUAGCCAUCAACGUUGUUGCUGCCACAAAUAACACAGCCCCUGCUCCUUCUGGCACCUCCGUCCCUCCAGGCACCACCGUCCCUUCUGUCACUGCCGUCCCUCCUGGCACCACAACUCAUACCAGCGCCGCUUCACCAUCACGUGGCCUGACUUUCGCCCUCUUGAUGCUUAUUGCCAUCGGCUUAUUCUGCUAGUUCCAUUACUAGUUAGCAUUACUUGCUUCUAUAUAUAAUUUGGGUUUUUCGUUUUAU